GACCAAUCAAAUCAGUCCACAGCUUCAAAACAUCCAAUCAGGCGUGAGUCUGGACCUGGUUUUCUACUGAACACACAAGUUCAUUACCUCACUAUCACUUUGUCUAAACAGGAACGAUGAUCACACUCUUUGUGGCUCUUUACUCUCUGCUUUGUCUCUGCACAACUGGAAACACUUCUGACAUCAAGGAGCUUCAAGUGAAAACAGUAAAGCCUGGAGAAGCUGUAACUAUGGAGUGUAACAACAAUGAACAAAGAAGUAAUUUAGCUUGGUACAGACAGAGUUUUGGAAAAGUGCCUCAGUUUUUGGCGAGACAGUACGGUGGCCCUCCUGGCUACAUAUUUGCCGAGGGAUUUAAUGAUAACCGCUUCAGUGUUACUGUAAAGGACCAAACGUUUGAUCUUAACAUUAAUGAAACAAGAGAAGAUGAUGGAGGAGAAUAUUUCUGUGGAUAUGUGUGGGGAAGUACAGUAAAGUUCACAUCUGGAACACGUCUGCAGUUUGAAGGUGAAGAGAUGAAACCCUGUCCUACACCUGGAACACUUAACAAGAACACACACUCUGUUACACACCAGGGUUCAAACAGCACACUCAUGAUUCCCUUUAGUCAGGAAGGCAUGAGUUCAUGUCCCAGCCCACUGCACAAACACAGCCACCAGUGUUACAGCACAGACUUAGUGCUCGUCCCAAACCUGGAUAAAAAAAGGGGCGGGUUAUGUCAGGACAGGCAGGUCUCAAGGAACUCCAGCAGAACUAGUUAUGAUAGCGUAACUCAAAUGGAGAUCCAGGAGGAAAGACGGACAUGA